AUAAGGUCCUGCACUGAUAUGUCAUCUGAAAAACAAACUGGAAGCAAGGACGUGGGAAACUAAUGGGAGGACUGCAGGUGGCUGAUAAUGGGAAGAUGUUUGGGGAUGAAGUGGCCUUGUGAGACUGAGAGGGGAAAAGACUCGAGAAUCCUUCGGUGGUCUCUCAUAGCGUUGGCAGCAUCAUGGACAAGAAGGUGGUGUUGAUCACAGGCUGCUCGUCCGGCAUCGGCCUCAGCCUGGCGGUCCGUUUGGCCUCGGACCCGAAACAAACAUUCAAAGUGUAUGCCACCAUGAGGAACCUGGCCAAGAAGGAGCGUCUUCUGGAAAGCGUCAAAGGCCUGCACAAGGACACGCUGGACGUUCUUCAGAUGGACGUCACGGACCGCCAGUCCAUCCUGGACGCCAGGGACAAGGUUGCGGAGAAGCGAGUGGACAUUCUAGUCUGUAACGCCGGGGUCGGUUUGAUGGGUCCACUGGAAGCUCACUCCUUGGACUCCAUGAAGCGGAUUGUAGAGGUCAACCUUCUGGGCACCAUCGAGACCAUCAAGGCUUUCCUGCCCGGAAUGAAGGCUCAGCAUGACGGUCGUAUCCUGGUCACAGGCAGUAUCGGAGGCCUUCACGGCCUUCCCUUUAACGAGGUCUACUGCGCCAGCAAGUUCGCCAUCGAAGGAGCGUGCGAGAGCUUGGCCGUUCUCCUGCAACAUUUCAACAUCUAUGUCAGUCUUAUCGAGUGUGGCCCCGUCAACACGGACUUCCUGGUCAACCUGAAGAAGGCAGAGCUCGGCGACGCGUCCCUGCAGCACGUGGACGCGCACACGCUGGGCCUGUACGAGAGAUACCUGCAGCAUUGCAGUUACGUGUUCCAGAACGCAGCACAAGACACGGAGGACGUCGUCAAGGUGUUUUUGGUCGCCAUGCAGUCGCCCAGUCCGGCCUUCAGGUACUUCACCAGCGGGGCGGUGCCCCCUCUGACCGAGCUGAAGGUCACGCAGCCGGACGGCCUACGGUACAUCAGCGCCAUGAGCGAACUCAUCUUCUCGCCCGACGAGCAGUGACCUCGGCGCGUCCUUUUUGUCAAUUUGCAUUUCGAGGAAAUGAAGCUGACUCACCGUUGUUGCUCAAUUUGAAUGCUAGUUCCCUCCAAGGCAAUGACAGAUGAUGUUUUUUCAACCUUAAAUUCCAUAUCGGAACUAGUAAUCAACGAUUACAUUUGGCAAAGUUAUAGAAAUCAGUUUUGGGGAGCUGAAUAUCUGAAUGUAGUUUUUGAUUAAAUUCAUUUGGUUC